AUGGUUUCAUUGACUACAAUAGAGCAAAGCCCAGUCAAAUGCGAGACAACCACUGAGAAAGAGAGCAAUGAUACUAGGGGGACAGAUUCGAACGAGAAUGCAGAGACAAAAGAAACAAAGAAGGGUUUUCCAUUCCAUGACUUGGCAAAAUUGCAGAAACAGUACAAAAAUAAAUCCAGUAGGAACGAGUCACUAGUAGCACUAAUAUAUCUCUUGGGUUCGAUGCUGUCAUUUUGUCUCCUAAUAUUUUUCACGGACUUUUAUUUGAUACCUUUGUUCCCCACCACCACUACAAUGACAGACUACAUUGUAUUCAAUUUUUAUUUAUUGAACGUUUUUGUAUUUUGUAUGGUGCAUUUCAUUUAUCACUUCGUCAAAAAUAUUUCUCUACAACAACAUCUCGAACAUUGGCAGAAGUUUUCGUAUUUAUCGAAUAUCAACUUAUUGAUAUCAUCACAAAUCACAAUUCUUUAUUAUCUAUUCUAUGAUUACGUGUUUUUCUUCAAAAUUUUUACCCUUUUAAUGAACUUCAUAGGAUUAGUGGCAUACUUUUUUAUAUUGACGGACAAACUCAUUUCCUCGAAAAGAUUCAAUAAAACAGUUUUCUUCAUUUCGGUAUCAGUAGUGUGUUGUUCCUUGCCACUAUUAACCGCAAUAAUCACCUUUGAUGGUUUAGAAAACCUGAAAGAGAGGAUAAAAGUGAACGCAAUUACGUGGGAACUUGUGGCUUUGGUAGCGGCAUCUAUAAUUUACGUUACCAGGUUCCCUGAAUCAUUGUUCAGACGAAAUAAAAAGGAAGAAGGUUGGAAUCAUUCCGAGUACCUUUUCCAUCUCUUGAUUUCUGGUACGGCUUUUUACCAUUUUUUCAUUUUGAUUCAAUCUUAUAUUUUGAUGCAUUCAAGUUUGAAUCAGCCCGAAUUAAUUAAUUUCAAGUCUUAG